GCCACCAUCGCCACUUCCCUCUUUAGAGUCCCCAUCUCAUGCAUGGCCUGUAUCUCCCAAUUCACUGCUGAAGGUAUUCUUAGUUUUUAGCUUUUGUUGGUUAGUUAAAAGUAUGCAAUCUCGAAGGCGUGAAGACUUUUCGGUCUCGUCUCACUCCAUGUCGAAGUUAAGGGGUCGCGAAAUUGAAUUGGGUCAAGGCCGUUCUGGCCUCCCUCGCCGGGACUUGCCGGAGUGGUCAGCGGGAUUUCGGAGGAGUUUGAGCCCACGGAAAAUGGAGGAACCACGACGGAGAUUAGGGGCUGCAGAUAGGAGGAGCAGUUCACUGGAAAGAAGGGAUUGCGGUUACGAUCUUGGUGGUGGCAGAGGCAAGCGACUGAGGUCCAGGUCGCCGCCUUUUGGGCUGGUUCACAAAAGGUCUCAGUUUGAUGCGGGAGUUUCAAGUGCGGAUUUCUCACGGGAAACGUUCCGGGGAAAAUAUGAAUUUGUUGAUUAUGUUGAUUCUCAUACCGAUGUGAACACUGGUUUGAAGUCGGGGCACGGAUACAAUUAUGGUUCUCGUAGACCAAUUACGGAGGACAGUGUAGGCGAUAGGUAUUUGGUUAGUGGACGUGAGAUUUCAAGUCAGAAAUCUAUGGUUUCACGACAUGAUGCUGUAGAUAAUUUGUAUGGACUGCCUAAAGAUUUGGGGCACACAUCAAAAUAUGGGGGAAGUGUUGGAAGUUUUACCCGGUCAUCAGAAUAUUUGGAUAUGGGCAGGUUCAAGGAUGAAAGACCUUUGUAUCCAGACGAUUUUCUUGUGGAUAAAUCGUCAGGCAUUGAAUCAUACAGGGGAAAAGAAAGAUCCUUGCUUUAUGCAAGGGAUGCUUCUUAUGCGCAAGUGCCAGUGUCUCAGACAAAGGAUUCUAUUGGUUCCUCUCACUUCAAGGAGCCGUAUAGAACAUCAUCAGGGCUUUCUAGGGCCAAUUUCCAGGGAUCAUACAAAGCUGGUUUGCCCUUGAUGGAAAGUGAAUGUCCUGUGAUCCCUUCUAAACUAAAAGAACCUCAAGGCAUCUUUGACUAUGACCAUAGGUCCAGUUUAGACUCGCGAAAAGACCUUGGCAUGGAACAUAAGGAUUUGAUACGUAACCCACAUGGUGCAUUUAGUCCCAUGAGAGAUGAGUAUCAGGAGUAUUUGGAUCCUAGAUCUGGGGGAUGGGAUAGGGAUGGUUAUGGACGCCCAUUUGAUGAAUUUUGCAGAGGCAUAUCAACACAUGAGCAAGGAGAUUAUAAUGAUAAAAAUUUGUUAAGAUCAGCUAUGAAGGACCCUGCUGCAGAAGGUGCUGAUAAUACUGAAUAUAAUUACAGAAAUCAAAGAGACAGCAGUUUGCUAGACCACCUUUCAACACAAAAGCUGAAAGGUUCAAACUACCUUGGCAUGAGUAUCUCAACUUCAAGAGGUGGGGACUAUUAUGAUUCCAGAAGUCCUCCAUUGGAAUUUGGAAGGAGAAUGUCAAGAGAUGGGCAAUUGUCACAUUUUGGUGGCUCAGAUAACCAAGAACUCUCUCUCUUGAGAUUACGUCAUGGCAUUGGAAGAGAUGCAGGUCCAGCAUCACGCCAUGAAAGAAUGAGAUAUUCCCCUGAGUUUGAAUAUGAAGCAGAAAUGGGUAAAGUUGCUGCUAGGAUACAUGCAACUGAAGCCGAGGAGCUUGGCACAUAUGACGCAUCUGAAAUGGUGUUCCAGAGAACUUACAGUGAAGAUGCAGAUAUAAGUAGGCAUAAUUCUAGAAAUAUUGUUUCAAGUAACUGGCGCAAUACUAGUAGAAUGAGGCAUCUAAUUGAUAGAAGUGAGGAAAGGUAUUGUGAUGAUUCAAGUGUUUCUUUGACAUCUAGGCUUGUUGGGGCAGAUUAUGAUACAGUUUCUGGAUUUGACAAUCGGUUGUCAUCUCAUGACUGUAUGGAACAUGUGGAAGAGCAUUAUCUCAAACAACAUAAGCAUGGUGGUAGAUAUACAAAGGGUCACCCUAGACCUGGCCAUCGAAGCUUGAAUAAUCCUCAACCUUUUAACAAAAGAUAUGCCCUCUCCAAACCCCACAAUGUUUGGAUUAGGGGCAAGGAUGAUAACCAGAUGGAUGAGUAUGAAAAUGAAGUUCACCAAUCAGAGGAUUGGAUGAAUUCUAUGAAAUCUGAGCCACCUGAGGAUUCUAAUGAGUUUAAGGAACUGGUCCAUAAGUCCUUCCUAAUUUUCAGCAAAAAGUUGAAUGCGAAAUCUGUUAUUCAGAAAAGAUAUAAGGAGCGAGGAAAAGCUGGUAGUUUGUUCUGCAUUGUAUGUGGCAGAAGCCAAUCAAAAGAGUUCGCGGAUACAAAUCGCUUGGCAAAGCAUGCGUUCAUGUCUCACAAGUUUGGGUCGAGGGCACAGCACCUGGGCCUUCACAAAGCAAUUUGUGUUCUGAUGGGGUGGAACAGUGAGGUGGUCCGUGAUGUUAUCACCUUUGUUCCAGAGGCUCUUCCUGAUACUAAAGCCAUGGCACAGAAGGAGGACCUCAUUAUCUGGCCGCCAGUCAUCAUCAUUCACAACUGUUCCAUUGUGAAAGAAAAUGCUGAUGAGGGAAAAGUCAUAACUCUAGAAGCUGUUGGAGAUUUUCUAAGAGCAGGUAAAGGUUUUAGCGGGGGAAAGUUCAAGAUGUGCCUUGGGAACCCAGAGAACCAUUCUGUCAUAGUAGUGACAUUCUUGGGCACAUUUUCUGGGCUGGAACAUGCGGAGAGACUCCAUUCCUAUUUUCUGCAGAAUAAGCAUGGCAGAGCAGAUUAUGAGCGAGUGGCUUCUAGUUCCAGGAAGGGCAAAACCAGCAGCAGCGGGGCAGGAGCAACGGAGUUGCAAAGCAUGGAGGAGGUUCUGCUUUACGGAUUCGUGGGUAUUGCCGAGGACUUGAUCAAGAUUGAUCCAGGCACCCACCGUAAGUGCUGGAUAAAAAGCAAGAAGGAGAUUCAGGAUCUUGCAAAUGCUCCAGUCAGACCUGAAUUAUGAGGAACUGGUAAAAGACUAUCUGUUUGAAUUCCUGGUUUAAAGUGUUGGUUCUUGGUGGAAACAGACUUUUGUGUAGUGAAUUCCAUGUAAUGUUUAUGUUUCACCUUUUGGGCCUGCCUGAUUGAUAUUUCUUUCUAUGUGCUAAUAAU